AUAAGAGACAAGGGUCUGGCCAGUACGACGAGCAAGUGAGGGGCAGUGGAGCGUGUUUUUGGACGAGAUGGCAUAAAAGCAAAAAAUGUGGCCUCCGAACAUAAAUCAAUAUCUCGUGACAAGAUGUUUCGCUGGAAUUUUUGGAUGUUGCCUUGAUUGGGAGCGAAGCCGGCGAAAGUCCGCUCAUGGACGUCGAUCCACCGCCCUGGCAGCUUGACGGAAGAAGUACCUCGUAGGAAAAAUGCGGCGGCGUAGGAAGGGCGUGGAGCAGUAGCGAGAAACGUUCUCACGGGAGGACGCUGAAAACGACCACGCCGAUCGAGGAGAAGGAGAGGAAAAGUAAGAUCAUCUUUUUCUUGUCGCGGCUGUGUGGUCCACGACUUCUUCUACUGCGGGCGUUGGUGCUGCUCCAGAACAAAGAGGACUUGCACAAUGGGGGGCUGCUGCGCAAAAGCGAAGGACCCGGUGGGGUGGCAGCCGGUAGUGGACCUCAGGGAUCGGACGAGCCAGCGGGAGCUGAGAUCGAAAAAGUCCGUGCGAUAUCAUACAUCACAGAUAUUCGAUGAGGACUAUUCAUUGGAGAACGAGGUGUGAGUUUGUUUCUCUUGAUGCAAUGAUUUCUUGCAUUUUUUGUAAUGUCGAAUCUGCAGGGAGAAAAAACAAAAAGCCUUCGAAACAAAAAAAAGAAGAUGCAGAAGAUAGCAAAAACUACAUAAGAAAAUAACCUCUCGCACGCCCUGAUAUACUAAAUACAAUAUCAGGAAGUGCUCGGUAGUGGCUACAACGGGAUGGUGAAAGUUUGCGUUUCGCGCGUGACCGGGGAGCGAUGCGCCGUGAAGUCCUUCACGAAGCAAGUUUCGACCACGAGAAGUUCAAAGUCCCCCGGCAGCGACGACGACGACCCGCAUCGACAGCUACUGAAAAACGAGUGCGAGAUCUACCUCGCAUUAGACCACCCAAACAUCGCCCGGUUAUGAGAGUGCACAGCUCCCCCUCUCCCUUAUUUGUAAUGCAAAAUGCCAAAUCCAUGCCUUGCCUCUAGGCUCUCUCUGCAUGACAGAUUUCGGAAGCGCAAACAGUACUAGACUAGGCGCAUAAAUUUGUCAUGCGUAGGCUCCACGUGUGCUGGUGUUUGUAUAGCUGUUCAAGCCAUACAAAUGAGGGGGUGGGGGAGUUGUGCACUCUCAUACCGGUUGAUCGACUGUUACGAGGACCAGUUUUCCAUCUACUUUGUGAUGGAACUUUGUUCCGGCGGCGAGCUGUACGCGCGGCUGAUCGCUCAGAAGCAGUAUUCUGAGUCCGAUGCACAGGCCGCGGUGAAGCAGAUGCUGCUAGUUAUCACAGUAGAGAUGAAGAAUACAGUAGAGCCAUAGAAGUUGUCUUCCAGAAAAAAAAUUGAUUUGCAUUGCGGGCCAUGAUCUGCGCCCCUUUUUGUUGUCCGCAUAUGUUGAUACAGGAUUUUUUUUGUUGACAGGACUGUGGCAAAAAUGUGAUUUCUUUUUCUGGCACUCAACGGGUUUGCAGCUUUUCUGUAGGAUAUAAGCUACCAACUAUUUGCACCACCACGGUAUCGUGCACCGGGACUUGAAGCUGGAAAAUUUUCUCUAUUGGGCGGAGGACAGCGACGUGUUGAAAAUGAUCGAUUUCGGCUUUUCCCACGUGCUGAACGACAAAAAGCCCGUGGUUGCGGCCUGCGGCUCGAUUUCCUACAUGGCACCGGAAGUGAUCGCGUCCGCCGCGGCGGCGCAGGCGGUGGAAAAAGCAGCCAGUUCUACUUCGUAUCCCACAGAAAAAAGCUGGCAGGGCAUAUUUGUAAUGCAAAAAUAAAUACACGGAAAAAUCUGUCAUGGGCGGCCUCAUAGCAUGCUAUUUAGGAUAUGCAAUACAAAUUUUCUUGUCAAUUUAUUUUCGCAUUACAAAUAUGACCUGCCAGUUUUUUUCUGUGUGAUGCUUCGUCGUCGAAGCCCAUACCGCCCGCGGCGGAGAAGGAGGACCCGAUCACGGACAAGGUCGACAUGUGGUCCCUGGGGGUGAUCUAUCCUCAGUAAAAACGUACCCACGCCAGAGUUGUAAUGCAGAUUUGCAAAGACAGGAAGACUUGUAAUGCGCAUCCCCAUGAGAGCCAUUUCCAAUCGUGUUUUGGAAUUUGUAAUGCUGUAAACAGGAUGAGCAGAUGGAUUUCUGAUGCAGCUGGCCUUGCGAACCUGCACUACGCUACGGACUGCAGCUUGUGAUGCGUGACUCACAAAACUCCUAGGUUUGUGUUGCAAAAUCCCCAUCCUGACUCUGGUGUGGGUACGUUUUUACUCAGGAUAUGAUCACCUUCAUGCUUUUAUCCGGCUACCCGCCGUUCUCCGGGGGGCACGAGACGGAGCUGCUGUCGAAAAUCCAGAAUGCGCAGUACGUGAUGAUACCCGAAAGGUGGCACAACGUGUCGGCCAAGGGCCGCGAUUUCGUGGAGAAGUUGCUCGUGGUCUCGAAAACGCAGCGCAUGACGGCGGAGGACGCGCUGCACCACCCGUGGAUAACCGAGGCGAUCGCGCCCUUGUCGUCCUCCGCCGGGGUGCAAUGGGGAACCGACGUGCUCGGCGGCAUUCGAGAGUUUGCGACGGCAAGCCACUUCAAACGGGCAUGUUUGAGUAUGAUGGCCUGGGGACUCACGCCCAAGGAGCGGGCACAGGUAACAAGAAGUUUAGUUGUACUGGUGUGCGAUGAGCGAUCUGCUGUCCUUGGCAGCACGAUGUCAGAACUACGCCUAAAUUUUUAACUUGUCUCCAGUGCUGGCGUCAAAAACUACUUACGUACCUCGUCGCCUGUGGGAGUGAGUACUUACUAGACGUCGUUGCAAGAGACUUCUGGGCUCGGCGCCGUCGUAUAGUAAGUUUUUACUCUCCCACAGGUCCGCGACUUGUUCUAUGAUCUCGACCGGGAAGGGGACGGCUUCGUCACACUCGACGUGUUCAAGGAGGCCUUGCAGGAGCACUACCCCAGUGUCGCCUCGGAGGAAAUAGUAAGGCUUUUUCACGCGGUCGAUACGAACCACUCCGGGAAGAUUUAUUACAACGAUUUUCUCGCAACAAUGCUCCAGUUCCGGCUCCACGUGCACGAGUCCCUGCUUCGACACACCUUCAACCAACUAGACGUCGGGCGGUCGGGAAAAAUCACCGUGGAGAACUUGGCAACCAUACUCGGAAAAACCUUCGAGGGCGCCACCGUCGAGGAGUUCAUGGAUGAAGUCAAAGGUACAAGAACUUCUGCGACUGUAUUAGAUUGAUGUUGUCGGCGGAACCACGGAGGAAAAGCAUUUUUUUGACCUGUAUAAAAAUCGCAGCAUAUAAUUAGAACAAUGAGCUGCAAGUCGACGACCAAUGACAGUUUAUUUGAACGGACGAUUGCCGCGUUUGUACUAGUUGUGUUCUGGAAUAACCAAAAAAAGGUGACCGCAACGGCGAGAUAUCGUACGAAGAUUUCUGCAAGUACCUGGGUUGCGAUCCGAAUUCGAGCAAGUUGAUCGUCGCCGCGGACGCGCUGCGGGGGGUGUCUCGGGAGGUCUACGAGGAGGUGGACCGCAAGCUGGAGCACCAGGAGGAGGUCGUUUCCAAGCUGUAUAUCCUGAGUAAAAACGUCCCCACACCAGAGUCAGGAUGGGGAUUUUGCAACACAAACCUAGGAGUUUUGUGAGUCACGCAUGACAAGUUGCACUCCGCAGUGUAGUGCAGGUUAGCAAGUGCAGCCGCAUCACAGAUUCAUCUGCUCAUCCUGUUCACAGCAUCACAAAUUCCAAAAGACGAUUGGAAAUGGCUCUCAUGGGGAUGCGCAUUACAAGUCUUCCUGUCUUUGCAAAUCUUGGUGUGGGGACGUUUUCACUCAGGAUACUGUACCAGGAGGAGGAAUCCAAAUCCACGGUGAACGUGUAUGGUGCUCUCAACUGUUACAUUCUCAACUGUUACAUAUAUUUGUGAUGCAAGAAUGGCAAAACUGAAGAGGGAAGAUUGCGCCUUUUGCAUGACAGAUUCGGCACAGAUUCCCAGCCUGUUUGGGCCUUCCAGAAUUUGUCUUGCGCAGCAGCUUGAUCGCGUCGAAUCUGAUUGCAGUUUUGCAUGACAAAUCGUGUAACAGUUGAGAAUGUAACGUUUGAGAACGCCAUAACGUGGGCGGGGAGCAGACGGCCCAACAGAUAAAGCAGACCGUUUCGGGCAGUACGUGGCCGCGGGAGGAGAGCAAGCUCGGCACGGCCGCGAAGGUCGCCGGGGAGCAGCAGGCGGCGCAGCUGGGGCUGGCGCACCACCACGGGCCCGAACGACAACCCUCGAAAUCGGGGCUGGUGCCGCCGCCCCAGCUCGGACCGUCCGCGAUUCUCGCAGUGUCAAGCAGGGACCAUUUGUCGAGGGACAAAAUAUCCGGGACCGUCAUGAGUCGGAAGAGCGGUUCGAAAAACACCCCCACCAAAGUUGAGGAGGUACCGGUGGCGUUCGACCCGACAAAGGAGGACGAUACGCGGAUAUAAUGACAGGGGUCGACGUCGCAUCAACAUCUCUUUAUACAUAAAUGUGUUUUGCUUUGAAAAUAGAGUCAAUAGGUACAACCGUUGUACGUGGUGAACAGAAAUUUCAAAGUUCUUCGUCACACGAAAAACAAAUACAAUCGCAAAAGUUUAUCGCUCAUUUCUAAAAAAACAAUCCAAAAAACCUCCUUGUAAUUUGCAUACCAAUAGAUCGCGAUGAUGCACGGUGCAAGAACGGCACCGCAGCAAUGAGUAUCGAUUUUAUAGUAUGGUAAGUCACAGUAUUGUUCAAGAGUACAGGGCACGAAAAUAUUGGAAUUUUCCAGUUGAUUUUUGAUUGGCAAAAGAGCGUGAUGCGAUUCGGUCACCCUUCUACCGGGGUGAGGUGCAGAUCGUUUUUUCACCGAAGAUCUAGGGCCUUUGCCGGACGCACAGUGUUGUCCAGUUUUCUGUUUGCUCUUUAGUAAAUAAAGUAUGCGCAAGCCAAGCUAUAUCUCGCAGACACGCGUCUGACGUGCUAGGCGUCGAAAGCAUUUCUUUUGGCUGCAUCCUCGUCAACUCGAAAUGCUUGACUCGGCUACUUUUCGUUUCGAGGACGUAAGUAGUAGAGGAUUUGCAGUUUACGA